AUGAAACAAGAAAUAAAUGCUGCUCUUGAUCUUAUCGUUUCUUACGUACAACGUUUUGGUAAAGUUAAAGAAACGAAUUUGAAUGUAUUUCGAACAAAUCUUGAACAAUCGUUAUUAGAAAAAUAUCAAGGACAUUGGUAUAUCGAAAAGCCAGUUCGUGGACAAGCAUUUCGUUCACUAAUAUUUCAAAAAGACAGUGAAUGUGAUCCGAUUAUUGCAAAAGCAUGUGAAAAAGCUGCGUUUAUGCCCGCUUUACUUGGUAUUCAACAUGAUAUCACAAUAUGGAUAGAUCCAAGAGAAGUAACAAUCAGAAUUGGUAACCAUCCAUAUUUGAAGAACGGACAACAAAUGUUGGUUGCUCGAUUCGAUAAUGAAGGCAAUGAAUUAGUUCGACAUGAUCUCGAUACACUAUUUAAUAGUGACAUAGCGACAAUGCUAAAUGUUACUACUACAACGGUAACAACAAAUAAUAAUCAACAACAUACGUCAUCUUCAUCGUCGUCUUCGUCUGUGUCUGAUUCAUCUCAACCAUGUUCUGGUUCAUCAACACCACAACGUACAUCCUCACCGUAUACAAUGCCAACAAUGUAUCACAAUCCACCACUAUUUACACCACCCAGAACUCUAUCACCGCAAACAACCACAGCCACGUAUCACUCACAAAUUAAUCAACAACCUUCACAUUCAUAUCUUUCGCCAAAUCAAGUUCAAUAUAAUGGUGGAAAUUAUACAUAUUCAUCGAUGCCAAUAGCUGUACCAACACAAAUGACAAAUAUUGAUACAUCCUCUCCAUCUUAUGGUAGUCCAACAGAGGUCGAACGUUCAGACACACCGCAUUCGCAUCACAGUACAGCAUCCAGUGAUAGUACAGAUUCUGGUUAUUGUGGUUACGUUGAAAGUUUCCCAUACUAUUAUAAACUAAAUCGCUUAUAUAAAGCUUUAGCCGUUCAAAAAUAUGCUGGUAUACAAAUGAAACAACCAAUGCAUCCUAAUCGACGAUCAUACAACAAUCAAUUAACAAAUAGUUCAGUGGUAACACCUCCAUUGUCAACAACACCUCCAACACCUACACCUCAAUUUACAAUGAAUCCUCAUCAAACAUCAUUUGUUCCAAUACUUAAUUAUCCUCAUCCUCAUCAACAACGAGAAUUAAUUAUUGGACAUAAAACAAAACAUUAA